GGGAGCAGGAGCCAAGCAAGAAAGUAGCAGAAAGUGAGGCUGGCAGGCGGCGGCAGAGGCAGGAAGUCUGUGCCGGAGAGCAGUAGAAAUUAGAGCCAGGGAGGGACCGCGGCGGCAGCAGCCAAGGCGAAAGAGGAAACUGCCGAAGAGGAAGCUCUGCCGCAGCCGGAGCCUCCCUGCGCUCCGCAUCCUCCGGCUCUGCAUCCCCGCGCCCGGCAUUCCCCUGCGUUCGCGCCGCGCCCCCGGCGCCCCCCUCCCCAGCACACCCCCGGCUGCCCCAUCGCGCUAGUCUGCCAUGGCCCGGGAGAACGGCGAGAGCAGCUCCUCCUGGAAAAAGCAAGCGGAAGACAUAAAGAAGAUCUUCGAGUUCAAGGAGACCCUCGGAACUGGAGCCUUUUCUGAAGUGGUUUUAGCUGAAGAAAAAGCAACUGGGAAACUCUUCGCAGUGAAGUGCAUCCCCAAGAAGGCACUGAAGGGCAAAGAGAGCAGCAUCGAGAAUGAGAUUGCGGUUCUUAGAAAGAUUAAGCAUGAAAACAUUGUUGCCCUGGAAGACAUUUACGAAAGUCCGAAUCACCUGUAUUUGGUCAUGCAGCUUGUGUCUGGUGGAGAACUCUUUGAUCGGAUAGUGGAGAAGGGAUUUUACACAGAGAAAGAUGCCAGCACUCUCAUCCGCCAGGUCCUGGAUGCUGUGUACUAUCUCCACAGAAUGGGCAUUGUCCACAGGGACCUCAAGCCUGAAAAUCUCUUGUACUACAGUCAAGACGAGGAGUCCAAGAUAAUGAUCAGUGACUUUGGCUUGUCAAAAAUGGAGGGCAAAGGAGAUGUGAUGUCCACGGCCUGUGGGACCCCAGGCUAUGUCGCUCCUGAAGUUCUCGCCCAGAAACCAUACAGCAAAGCCGUUGACUGCUGGUCCAUCGGGGUGAUUGCCUAUAUCUUGCUCUGUGGCUACCCUCCUUUUUAUGAUGAAAAUGACUCCAAGCUGUUUGAACAGAUCCUCAAGGCAGAAUAUGAGUUUGAUUCCCCCUACUGGGAUGACAUCUCUGACUCUGCGAAAGACUUCAUUCGGAAUCUGAUGGAGAAAGACCCAAAUAAACGGUACACUUGUGAGCAGGCAGCUCGGCACCCAUGGAUUGCUGGUGACACCGCCCUCAACAAAAACAUUCAUGAAUCCGUCAGUGCCCAGAUCCGGAAGAAUUUUGCAAAGAGCAAAUGGAGACAAGCCUUUAAUGCCACAGCCGUCGUGAGACAUAUGCGAAGGCUACAGCUGGGCAGCAGCCUGGACAGCUCAAAUGCAAGUGUCUCAAGCAACCUCAGUUUGGCCAGCCAAAAAGAUUGUGCGUCUGGCACCUUCCACGCUCUGUAGUUUCCUUUCUUCUUCGUCGGGGGUCACAGGAGUCGGAGCUGAGAGGAGACCCAGGCCCACCACUGUGACAACAGGGCACACUGGAAGCAAGUGACCGGCUCUGGAGGUGGAACCCAGGGGGCGGAGCCGGGGAAAGGGAAGCCCCAGACCGGAGCAGCUCCAGCAUCGGAGACCCCACCCACCCUGCAUGGUGCGCCUGCAUAGGACUGGAAGACAGAAGUUUUUUAUGGCCAUAUUUUAUACUGCAAUUCUGAUGUGUUCAUUUCUCACAAACUGUACUGACUCAAGGGGAGCUGACUUCACAGGAUCUGGUGCUGUACAUACGAAUCUUGCAAAGCUCUAACUGAAUGGACCUUCUUGCUCCCCUCCCCCAACUCCACCACUUCCACUCUCUCAGCGUAGGCAGCCAUCUAGGAUGUAUUUUUUCAUGAAAAAAAAUGGUUUCAACUGGAUUAUUUAAAUAUUGGUAAAUGUUGUGCAUUAGGGUUUGUUUUUUUCUUUUUGAGACGUGUCUUUUUGAUCUCUUGUCAGUUACAUGACCUCUCUCAUACACUCUUUAAUGGUGGUUUUGCGUUACCUUUAAGAGAUUUUUUUCCCUCCAAGAGGAGUUAGAAGGUGUUUUUUAAAAUUCUAGGAGGAUCAAGAAUCUGUCUCCAAGGCUGAGUACACUUUACUUGUGUUUCUUUGCCCUCUGUCCCUUCCUGGUGAAGUCGCCCCAGUCCCUGGGCUGGGUUGGCCUCUCUCCAGGUGACUUUUGGCAGGGAACCUGUAGAACACCUUACCAGCAGCUUCUCCCCAGAACCCCUCACCAAACACGGAAGAGAUAAGCUUGUUUCCUUCACCCUAAACAACAGGCUCCAUAUUACAGGUGAAUUGCUCUUUGGGGGUUAGGAUCCCCACAGGGCUAAGGUUUAGGAGCCUCCCUUGCAGGCCGGACUAGCCGCCAUCUUGUUUUUAAAAUGAACCAUGCACAGUCUUCAUUUCUCGUGGGGGAUGAUGGAUGAAACUCUGUUCUCAGCUAUGCACUUUUAAAACAAAUAUAUAUUUGCUUUAGUUUUUUAAAAAUUUAUUUCUAAUCCUACCCUUAAAAUGGCCUCUAGCACACACUAUCCCCCACACACACACAUACUUUUACCCUGUUCUCUCAUGAACAUCAUCCAAGAGAGGGGACAGAAAAGGUCUAAAAGAAUAAAACUUUUGUUAGGUGGGAAGGAAAGACACCAAGUGAGCAGUCUGCCUACCUCAGAGAUGGCUGACUCAACAAGGUCCAGCUAAUGUACCUCCCUUUACAUCAGAGGAAUCUAAAAUACAAAGUAUCUGGGGUAGUCAGGCCAUUGUGUGUCAUGGUUUGCCGGGGACUGAAUAAUUUCCUAGGAUAUGGAACUUGAAGGAUAAAAUCCAGAAUGUCCUGUGAAAACCAGUCCAUGUCAUUGACCUGUACAGUGGCUAGAUAUACAAGAAGAGCAGGCACAGAGUGUAGUCCAGGGCAAGCAUUCUCUAAGGAGGUUCUCAGAGACCCGAGCAGGUAGCUCAAAUGACAGUUCUGCCAAUGUUCCCCUUCAGCUCUCAUGUCUAUCUAAAGCCUGAGCCUCAUCUACAGUCAGCUGUAGCCUACCAAGUUGGGCUGUGAUAGAUCUAUCUCCCUGACGAUUCAGGGACAGUCCUGAGGCUGUUGUCCUCAUGCCCCUCUCAUGUACUUACCAGCUAUAGAAAGUCCUGAUGGACAAGUAAGUCAUCCUUGUCACUACUACACUUUUGCCCCCAGCCCUCCCCCAGUGUUCAUCACACACACACACACACACACACACACACACACACACACACACUCACUCACUCACUCACUAGGGAGGCAGCUCCAGUCUCCUGAAGAGUACAGUACAAGAUAUAUAAAAGCAAUUUCAAAGUCAGACAUCUGGUCUACCUGUCCUACUUGUAUCAUAAGCUCCCAAAAUGCUUAGUGAGAAUCCUGCCACAGGAGCCCAAAGAGCAGCAUUUGAAGCUGUCAUUUCGAAAUCUAUAAACUUCCUGGGAAGAGUUUCUAAAGUGACAACAGACCCAGUUAGAAAGCAAAUGCCUCUGAUUAUGGAGACUUACCCAUCUACUCCACCUUUAAGAAAGGCAAUGAUAUGAAUAUUACAAAAAGUAUUUAAGAAAAUCCAAAAGAGUGUCUCAAGAAGUUUACAGGAUGUUUCCUACCAACAAGUAUCAUGAAAAUAUUUAAUUUCAUGUAAUGUAAGAAGAAAUACAGGUGUGUGGUGGGCUGUAAUUAUAACACUUGGGAGGCUGCUUCAGAAGGAUCUCAAUUACUAUGCAUCCUGAAAUAAUUAGUAAAUCCUUGUCUUAAAAGCGAAGAAGGGAGGAAGGGAUGAAGGAAGGAAGGAGGUGGGUUGGUUGGUUGUUGCAGUAGGUGACCUGAGUUUGACACCUUUCGUAUGUUAGUCCUUUAUGCUGUAUGGUACACAUAAUUAUUUGCAUCUGCAAAGUAACGUUAUUAUUAUUAGUGAUGAAAGUAUUUCAUAAAGCUGAUUAUAUGGGUACACAGAUUACAUAAAAAUAUAUAUGAACUACAAAUAAAUACAGAAAAGUUGAAGAAUGAGCCCUGGUACAGGUGUCUACCUUGGAAUCAACUAUGCUUCAUUCAGCCUUGACACAUCAGGUCUCCGUAAACCAGUGUAAGAAGAUGAUUGCUAGUGCCAGCCCAGUAGUAGAUAAGGUUGAACAUGUCUUCAGGAAGCACAUACAUGAUUUCACUAACUUGGGUUAUUUCCUACUGUUUUGAGAAAGGUGAAAAUAAGUGCCACCUGAGUCUUCCACUCUGAGAAAGUUAGCAUGGUAGAAAGAUGAAGUUUCUUUUCCAGUUGGUAUUGUUAUAUAAUAAUGUAUGAGACCAUAGAGUAGAAUUAGCCUUAACACCUGAAAAAUGGGGUGGCAAAGUCUUGGCUCCCUCACUCUUGUUAGAUUCCACUGUCAUAGGCUGAGAAUUUCAUGCAUGUACCAGUAUGCUUGGCAGCAUCCUGUGGACACACAGGACCUUUUCAGACUGCUUUCCUAAUAUCAAGCUCUUACCAUCACCCCCACUAUAGCCUCUUUGCAUUUUCUGAGCAAGUGGUUAUUUAUUUCUUCACUUGGUUAUAAAAUUUGGAAAUAUUUCCAGAAUAGUCUUUCCUUCUGCUUCCUGCCUGACCCCUCCCUCUUUCCCUGGCCUUCACCCAUAGUUGAGGCAGAAAGGGCAGGUAACAUUCAUCUAAAACCAUCAGUGAAAAGGAAUGCAGCCAUCUUUAGCUCCAACAAGGCCAAUAGCUUGUCAUUCCUAACCAAGGGAUCUUUGGAGUUGGUGUUUUGUAUGGGACUUAGGGAUGGACAGAGGCAGUGGGAGGCUGGAGGACAGGGUCUACCACAAAACCCUUGAGGAACUGAGGGCUGCUUAGUGUCUGAGGCAGCAACCCCAGUAUCACAAGCCUUUGUAACAAGCCCUGGCUGUUUUUUACUCCUUCCUACUGCCUCCAACCCCAAAGGGACUCUGACUCUAAAAGAGCAGCUGCCGUUCACUGGACUCUGGAGAAGGCACUGAAACAACCCAAAAGAUAUGGAUUCCUACCUGACCUUGAUUCUGGAUCACUUCAAAAAUGCCACCGUGAGUGGCAUACCACUUCAACUGUGCCCGAUGUCAUCUAAGAUGCCUCCUUAAGAAGACAGCCACCUCCAUUUGCACACGAAGUUGUGUUUAUGAGAGACUUCGAAUCUUCAGAAAUCUCUGAAUGUGGUGUCUGGGGAACACAACAGUUGGCUCAGUGAAUCCCAGACUCUGUUUACCUACUUAUACUUUUUGUUUCUACACCUCAAUGCGCAGCAUGGGCUGGAUAGCUUAUAGAUGGCAGAGGGAACUGGCCUUUAUACCACAGGCCAAGAAUGUUAUGGACACUGGAGAAGGAACCAUCUGGUCCCCUCUUGAGAGGGUUGACCUCCCAUGGGAUGCAAGACUUGGUAUGAUCAGCACUUGGCUUUGAUGCUUUAUGAGCAUGUUUAAGUAGUAGGGGAUGCUCACCAACUGGAAAUGACUGGGAUUUUAGAGCUCUGGGAAUCAUGACCAUUUGACCUACUAAGAAUUACAGCCAGAACUGACUUUUCACACUGGGGAAGCCAUACUGGUGCCAUUAUUCCAAGCUACAGGCAGGAGACCUGGGGUCAGAGCCUCUGCCUUGCAAGAUUUGUGCAAGUGUGGUGCUGGGUUUUCCUAGGCCACAAAGAAGGAAGGUGAGGGCUGGUGAAGGACAGCUCCUUCCAUUUUUCAUAACCAGAAAUAACAGGUUUUCCAGGUUUGCAAAUCACUCCCAGCAAGUGAGAUAUGAGCCCUGCUUGCAUGUCCUACAGAACCAGUGCUAGGUCCCCAUCCCUUCUCCUCACAUUCCGAAAAUUUGCCUUUUCCUUAAACACAUUCCAGACCAAACACUGUUCAGUUUGUUUCCAAAAUUAAAAACACUGUAUAUAUCUGUGUGUAGUCCCGCUGCUCUUUAGGGGGUUACCUGGUUCUAGGUUGGGACUGCAAGAAGCAAAGGUGUUCUAAUCUUUCGGUUUUCAGAAUUGAAAGUUUUGAGGUGUUUCUUUCUUUCUUUGUUUGUUUUCUAAGCCAAGCUGGGGAAGCAGAUUUCUGAAAGGCAAACUUACUUCCUGCUACCUCUACAAAAAUUUGUGUGCAGGUGAGUUAGCUUGAAAACCUCAACCCUGGGUAACAGGCAUGUCUAAGGAAGAGAGGAAGAGGAAAGGCCACACACUAUCCAUCAGGUCCCUUCCUGGUGGUCUCAGUGCAUCAAGGUCUUCCUGCUGCUCUGGUGUGUGCACAGGAACCCAGCCCCGCUGUGAAGUUGGCCCUGCAUGCUGGCCACAGCCUGGCCUGCCUUCUGCCAGCAGCCAAAGUCUUCAAAAUCCGCAGGGAUGACUCAGCCCUGUGUAGACUUCCCUGUAAACUCCAGUGGGAGCAACCCAGCUUGCGGCUUUAGGGUUUCCUUUUUUACAUACCUAAAGGCUGAGCAUUUGGAAGCCAAGUGUUCAGUUCAGCAUGUGGCUGCCGAGUCUGAUUUUGUGGACAAAGCAAACUGUGGAAUGGCUUCUCUAUGUCUGUAUUUUUCUAAGCCAAAGGGACAAAACUGCAUUGACCCCUUGUACUAAAGCUGCUUUUGCAUUCUCUAUACCAGUUUUUAACCUUCUUUGACUCUGGGAAAUUUGUUAUAUGGUUGUUGUGUCCUCUGAUGAUUUACCAAACUAUGUUACUCACAGGUGAUUUUAUUUUCCUUAUGGAUUGGAAAAAUAGAAAAUGAGAGACGUGUUUGAGGCUUUUGUCAAAGACAUCACUCAUAAGUCCCAAACACUAGUUAACUUGCUUCUCAAUGGAAAAAAAUCUUAGUGUAAAAAGAUAAGGAUUCUGAGGCUCUCCUGGAUAUCCCUGCACUUUGGUGGACAAAGUCCUGGGGACAGAGCUGGUAUUCAGGCUACAAAAGAGAUGAUGAAGGGAGUAGCAUCAGCUCAGAUGUUUGGCCCACACUGUGGAAGCUGUGGUUCUUCUUGCAAGGCACUUGGCCAUUUCCAGGCAACAUAAGAUGCUGCCCAAUAUCACAGCAGCAUCCUCAGAUGCUGCUCAGUAUCACAGCAGCAUCUUCAGUUUGAAAGACUGCAUGUUACAGAGAACAUUUGUCUUAGUCCCACAUUCAAAUGAGGAGAAACCAAACGUACAUUCUUUCCAGAACAUCUAUUGGACCAAUGUCUAAAUUGGCUUCUAUGGCUAUAUAUGAUGUAAUUGGCCUUCAUCCAGCUCUCUCCCAACAGUGGGCAUGUUUUCCCAGCAGCUUCCACCAUCAAACCCAGGAUCGGCCCCACUCACUAUUACCAGGCUUGCAAUUGGUUUGAUUUUUUUCAUUCAUGCUUGUCCAAAAAUUUUUUUAAAAAGUAAAAGAAGAGAAACUGUGCAUUUAUCCCAUGCAUGUAAUAAACUCUGCAAGAAGUUUAACCCCCAUAGGUUUGCGGCACUGCAAAAAUGUUCAUGGGUCUAUGUAGCAAAUGAUUCUCUGCCUUGACAAUCAUGUAUACAUAUCGAUUUCUAUCAUAAUGAUAAUGAGAUUGAUGACUUCUUGUUUUCCUCCAAUAAAGAGAAUUAAUCACC